CACGUGGGGACAGCGAAGCGAAGAGAAGAGGAAGAAGAAGCAAACCGCGAGCUUCGUCUCCUUCGCAGCACAUCGAUCUUCUUCAUCAACCGAAGUACUUCGGCCAAGUUACAGAGCAUGGCGUGGAGAGGACAGCUGUCGAAGAACUUAAGGGAGCUGAGGUUCCUCUUUUGCCAAUCCUCCCCUGCGAGCUCCUCCGCGAGGUCGUUCGUGGAGAAGAAUUACAAGGAGCUGAAGACGCUGAACCCCAAGCUCCCCAUCCUGAUCCGCGAAUGCCGUGGGACCGAGCCCCAAUUGUGGGUCCGAUAUGACUUCGGUGUGGAGAAGGGCAUCCGUUUGGACGGUUUGAGCGAGGAGCAGAUCUUCAAGGCACUCAAAGAAUUUGCAAAACUGUAGCCCGAUAUUUUUGGUUGCGCCAUGCUGAAUGAAAUAAAUCAUUUUUCUACAGGACCAUCCUGUUAAAUCUUUGUCCUUUCUGGGAUGAUUGCCAGGUGUUGGAACUUUUCUGUUAUUUAUCUGUUUGCAGAAUCAAUCUGAACAUCUGCUGCAAGUUCAACAGAUACGGAUUAUGACCAAUUGACAAUGGUCUUUUGGGGUCUUAA